AUGAAAACUAACAAUAGGCAUAAUGAUCUUGAGUGCGCACCUUAUUGCCAUAAUCAAGGUCGAGCACAUGCUUGUAUUGGAAAGUUCGAUGAAGCUAUCGAGUUCAUGAAAUGUGCCCUAGUUCUUCGACAACAACAUUUGGGUCUUCAAGAUCCACGCGUUGGUCACACACUUAAUAGCAUUGGAGUUAUUGAAGGACAAAUGGGUCUUUACAACAGUGCUAAAGAGAAAUUUAGGCAUGCCCUACAGAUUUUUAAAGAACAGGACAAUAGUGAAUCUAAUCAGCUAACUUGCCUACAAGUUGCGAUCACAAAUAGUAAUAUGGGUUGGGUUAAUUAUUUGCAAGGAAAUUAUGACGACGCGAAAAAAUGUUUGGAGAGUGCACUUGAUAUUCGUAAGCGUUUUCUGUUAUCAGAACACCCCUUAAUUGCUGAUAGUCUGAAUGCACUCGGAGCUAUAUACCAGGCCCAAGGUCAGUAUCAAGAUGCAACUAAUGUAUAUCGAGAAGCAUUGACAAUAAGAGAGAACACAUUGCCUUACCAUCAUCCAGCUACAGCCAAUAGUUACCAAUCACUUGGUAGUGUUAUUUUUGAAAAUGGGCAGUACGAUGAAGCAUUAGUACACUACCAAAAAGCAUUGGACAUUUUUCAUCAAACUUUAGGAACGUAUCAUUUAGCCAUUGCUGGUUCCUACAAAGCAAUUGGGAGUGUUUUCCUAGAAAAGGGUGAUUAUGAUACAGCACUCAAGUAUUACGAGAAAGCUUGCAAAAUUUCAUCGGAUAUCCUGUCAGACAAACACCUAACGACUAUUGAAUGCUAUCAUUACAUUGGUAUGGUUUAUGAACGACAAGAAAGAUACGAUGAAGCAAUCAAGCAAUAUAAAACAGCACUGGAGCGUAUUCUCUCGGUAGUGAAAGUCGAUCAUCCGUCCAAAGCCAAAAUAUACAGUUCAUUAGCCGGCACUUAUUUACUUCGUAGGGAAUUGUUUAAUUCAGAAAAAUGCCUUAACAAAGCUCUUGAGAUGCAAAAAAAACUAUAUUCCAAUGGUCAUCCAGACCUUGUUACUACAUUGAGCAACAUGGGUGUGUUGUAUACAUACAAAAAUGACCAGACAUCAGCUUUGCGCUAUUUUGAUGAGGCUGUUAAAAUGUGCAAUCAAUGCUUGAAGAAAAAUCAUCCAGCAAUGGCUCGGAUCAAGUUCAAUAUAGGUGAACUACAUGUUCGUAGCAAGAAAUACGAUGAAGCGCUUCAAAAUUACCUUGAGGCUCUUGAUAUUCGCGAAGCUGUUGUACAUCCGAAUGAUUUCGGUCUAGCUGAUAUUCAUUUUCAAAUUGGCUACGUGUAUUUCUCUCAGGGAAGAGACCUAGAAGCGUGGGAACAUUGGACAAAGAGUAAAAGUAUUUAUGCUGAGCACAACAGCAAGACAGCACAAUCAGCCAUGGAACGCAUCAUUGCUAACCUCAGGUGUGUAUCUUAA